AUGAUCGCUCCCACCAACUCCCAUGAGGAACCGCGAGCAAGAACCGCCUAUAUACUUCCGCUUCCGGUGGGCCUUCCUUUCCUCGCGGCUUCUGCGCUCGCAAGCAUGGUGAACGUCCCGAAAACCCGCCGGACAUUUUGUAAGAAAUGUGGGAAGCAUCAGCCCCACAAAGUCACACAGUACAAGAAAGGCAAGGAUUCUCUGUAUGCCCAGGGAAAGCGGCGUUAUGAUCGGAAACAGAGUGGCUAUGGAGGGCAGACUAAGCCAAUUUUCCGGAAAAAGGCAAAAACUACAAAGAAGAUUGUGUUGAGGCUUGAGUGUGUUGAGCCCAACUGCAGAUCUAAGAGAAUGCUGGCCAUUAAGAGAUGCAAGCAUUUUGAACUGGGGGGAGAUAAAAAGAGAAAGGUAUGCUUAUGGGUGGGAGGUAUGAUCAUUUCUAUUUGGAGAGGAGAGCAUCUCUACAUUAAAAAUUGGGGCCACGCCUAG